UAAUGAUAACUGAUUGUUAAAAAUUGAACACAAUUUAUUUUUCUAGGUAGAACACAUGCCGUUUCACAUAUUCAAGAAAGAGGGAAAUGGGCAACAGCCGCCCCCACCACAACCACCUACAACCCUUAACUUAGGGACAAUAAAAUUCAAAACCACUAAUAUUACCAAUGAUUACACCAUAUCCUCCCGUACUCUUGGUGUUGGAAUUAAUGGCAAGGUCGUUGAGUGCUUCAACAAGAAAACUAAUCAGAAAUAUGCUUUAAAAGCUCUGAGGAAGAGUGCGAAGGCGUACAGAGAGUGUGCCCUGCAUUGGAUGGUACGAUCCCAUCAAAAUAUAGUCAAUGUGGUUGAUGUCUACGAGAACACAUUCUCUGGCACCAAAUGCUACCUUAUGGUUAUGGAAUGUAUGGAGGGCAGAGAGUUAUUCGAAAGAAUUCAAUCUAAAGGUGAUGAUGCUUUUACUGAGAAAGAAGCAAGCAUAAUAACCAGGCAAAUAUGCGAGGCUCUGUCUUGCUUGCAUUCAAAGAAUGUCGCACAUAGGGAUAUAAAGCCUGAGAACCUGUUAUUCAAGAACCAUGACGCGAAUGCAACGUUAAAACUAACAGACUUUGGGUUUGCUAGCGAGGUUGUGAGCGGUUUGAAACUGAAGACUCCCUGUUUUACACCCUACUACGCAGCUCCUGAAGUGCUGGGACCGGAGAAGUACGACAUGUCAUGUGACAUGUGGUCUCUGGGCGUUAUUAUCUAUAUAUUGUGA